GUUGGAAAAAAAAAGAAGGUGGAGCGCGUGAGCAGACAGAUUGACCGCUGCCGAACGACAGUGCAGACCAGCUGACUGCUGCGACCCGCACCAUGAGCCUCAGCAAGUGCUACGGCGCUUCAUAUCAGGAGGGGUGGUGGUACAAAUGGGAGCGGCGGGAGGGGAUUCUGGUGGUCGAGGGCGACCAUGGCAAGGGCGUCAGCCUCCGGGCGACGCUGUUUGAGAAAGACUGCAAUGGCAGAAGGGGCGAUAUCGUGAUAGGGCCCGUGGACCUCGCCAGUAAGGACAUCGACAAGUUCAAGUAAGUGCACGAGGGAGAUCUCCAUGCAUGCACACAAAAAGACGACGUCACACAUCUGUAUGAUGUGUCAUGCGUGUGCAUGCAUUUGUCUCGGGCUCAAUUCAGGGCCGAGGACUUUGAAGAUGAGGUGAACGGCGAGCGAUACACCGUGACGGUUGAUGAUGACGAGGAGCUCUCCGAGCCGGGGAGUGACUGCAGUGACAUGGACGAAGACGAGGGCAGCACGGGCGAGUCGGACGAGGAAUGAUUCCACUCACGGCUCGAAGGGGGGAGGGGGAGUGAGAGGGGAGUGUGAGGAAGGUUGUCAUAUUGCAUGUACCUCAAUUCUACCCAUCCUUCUACCCACUUAGUAUCCCCAUGGCGCUUGCGCUUUUGAAAACAUCACUAACCAGCCCGCCGAUUCACAAGAGAGGGAUGCGAGGAUCCGACUUGUGUGAAUGUGUGUACAUCCUAGCUGCAUCCACGUCUAGACAAACAGACAGACAGACAGACACGUGUGUGACGAUUCAUGAAUCCAUGCGAUACAGUUGUUGUGUGCGGAAUGCUCAACAACAGUUGGAAAAAACUGCAUGAUCCGUCUAAUUGGCAUCAUCCACCCCGCCAAUACGCCACGCACCCACCCACGACCAACAGUAUGUAGAGG